UGUGCAACUCCUCCUGGCUGACUGUUCCGAGACAUUUGAGAGAUCCUUUUAGUCCGUGAUCCGAGGCAAGUAGCGCGGUCCUUGGAACAAGAUUAUGUUUGGUUGCUGACGCAGGGAAGAGGCCAGCAUGCAGAGCAUUAAGUGUGUGGUGGUGGGGGAUGGAGCCGUAGGGAAGACCUGCCUCCUCAUCUCCUACACGACCAACGCCUUCCCCAAAGAGUACAUCCCCACCGUCUUCGACAACUACAGCGCCCAGGUGACUGUAGACACCAGGACAGUCAGCCUAAACCUGUGGGACACGGCGGGUCAGGAGGAGUACGACCGUCUGCGCACCCUCUCCUACCCGCAGACCAACGUCUUCGUCAUCUGCUUCUCCAUCGCCAGCCCUCCGUCCUACGAGAACGUCAAGCACAAGUGGCACCCGGAGGUGACCCACCACUGCCCCAACGUGCCCAUCCUGCUGGUGGGCACCAAGAAGGACCUGCGCGCCGACCCGGAGUUGCUGAAGAAGCUGAAGGAGCAGAACCAGACCAGCAUCACCCAGCAGCAGGGGGUGGCGUUGGCCAGGCACAUCCACGCCAUCAAGUACCUGGAGUGCUCUGCCCUCAACCAGGACGGCAUCAAGGAGGUGUUUUCCGAGGCUGUGCGGGCCUUCCUCAACCCCCAGCCUGCCAGCACCAAAAAGCCCUGUGUGCUUUUGUAGGGAAAGAUUGUUAAUACAGUCAUAGAAUACAAUGGAAUUGAAAAAACAAAAUACAAAAAAUAUAUAUUGGAAUGGCAAAUGAAGGGAUUUUCUUUUUCCUUUAAAAAAAAAAAAAAAAAAACUUUUCUCUGCAAUUUCAUGAUGACGAUGCUCUCAGGCAAUAAUGUGUUCGGGGCCCUUUUUGGUUUGAAAGGGAAGCGAUUUGGUUGUGGGGACACCAUGCAGAGCCUGAGCCCCCUGUCCUCCAGUGUGAUAUGAUGUGCAGCACUUGUCCCUGCCCCACUGAAAUUCAGCCGCCCCUUCCAUUAUUUUUUUAAGCUAUGCAUUCUCCCUGUUAGCGCAUCAAAGCUUUCUGUGUGUCUUUACUGCCUUACUGAGGGGGAUUCUAGAACAGACUACCCCUCACAUUGUGAGCUCUGACAGGGAAGUCGGUGUGGUGUGCAGGCGAAUCCCUUUUCUCCAUAGUGAAGGCUGGAAAACCAGCUAUUCAGAUCGGUCUCAACCAAAGCACGGCUCUGCCUUUCAGUCGAAGGAGAACAAAUCUUACUUCACCCAAGGUCAGCAGUACGAUAACAUCCAAUGCCUGUCCUUCUUGCCCCUGGCCAGUUGCCCUACCUGGCCCAAGGUUUUGACACUUUGGCCACACCACUUAGUUAUCCAGUAGUACAGCUCCUUUUGUCCAAAUCACACACAGUUUCCCUUCUUAGGUUUCUACUGACCUGCCUCAGCUGUUGGUCAUGUAUACCUGCAGUGAGCCAGCGCUAGAGGCUAACCCCAGAUUCAAGACCAAGCAUGUCAGACAGAGGUAGUUAUGUCAUAUUGCAGGCGGAAAGGGCAUUCUCCCAUGUUUUUCCACUGCCCAGUUAGUUAGCAAAGGCUCCCUUAUAUUGACAGUUCAGCCCUGUAAAGAAAUACAGGACUUUCACCUUUCCGCCUCCUGUAAAUCAGAUGCAUGUAAUCAGCAUCGCUUACAACAGGGUGUCAAACUCCAGUCCUGGAGGGCUAUAGUGUCUGAAGUAAUUUGUUGUUUCCUUUCAAUCAACAGCCAAUUAAGGCCUUGAAGAGGUUACUAUCCCUGAUCAAUAUAAAUUACCAAAAGACCAGACAUUGUUUCUCUUUAUUUCAAGGUUCACACACAGUAAAAUGCUCAGUGUUAAAUAAACUCUUACAGUGUUACUGUUGAAUUACCACUGGACAUUUUACUGUGUAUAGACACCAUCUGAAUGGUGCCAAGUAGCCAUUGACUAUAAUUACAUCUGCCUAUUGCUGCUACCCAUCAAUUACCUGAGAUUAAAAUAAUGAAUCGGGCACAUAAAGGGCCAGUUUCAGACGCUAAUUAAACCUAGUCCUAGACUAAAUCCAAUUUUGAAUGGAGGUAUGGAAUAUUGAAUCUAUUUAGUCGAGGACUAAGCUUAAUCUGUGUUGGUGAACCCAUCCUAAAAAAUAAUGACUUCUACUUUUAAUGUUCUUAAAGUCUCAUUUCCAUAUGUACAUUCAAAUUUUCCGUUUUUCAUCUCUUGUCAUUUACAAUUACAUGUAAUGUUUACAGUUAAGUACAAAACUGCUCAUAUUUGCCGAAAGUGGUACACAGACACUCCAAAAGUGAAAACUUUCUGUCUGUGUACAAGCUGUUUUAAGAACAAGCCAAUCUUAAAGGCAUACUAUGCAGGAUUUUAUUUGGCCUUUUUUAUUUAUGUGCUGUAUCUGAAAAGCAUGUGUCCAAUACACUGAACUCAUACACUCUAUGAUCCAACACAGGAGAAGGGCAAGAGGAGAUGUGUGUAUGGAUUGGCUACAACAGUGGUAAGCUGGGUUUGUGCAAGAUUUGCCUUGGUGGCUAACCAUUAUUCAAGUGGCUGGCCAGAAUUUGUAACAUUAAUUAGCUGCCACGCUAUAAGAUAACUACACUCAGUUUUGUACGUCAGCUGGCUGGCCAUGAUACCCAGGUCCCACUGCACAGAACUACUGCUUAUAUUUUCAGGAGAUUCUACUGGCUUAUUCCCUCUCCUGGGCAGGGAGCUCAUGCCUAAAGACUUGAGAUGUCUAAUAAAAAUAAAAGCGACAAUGAAUUCAUGCAUUUGUGAGUAUCUGUGCUUACGUUACAGAAUUGUGCUCCCUCCAUGCAGGCUAGAGCAGACAGUGGCUAGUGUUGGUUAGCUAUAAGCUAGCUACUAACUAUACAAACACGAGUAACGUCAGUUAAAUAGCUAGCAAAAUGGCGUGCAAAGAGACUACUAAAUCUGAGGUUUUCUUAGCCCUUCACGGCAACCGGUAGUCUGCAAUGGAGCUAGCCACAGAGCUACCAAGCACUAGCCAGAACACGAGCCAGAGUUGGUGGUGUAGAUGGGGUUAAGAAUGGGGCAUAGAUGCAUUUUGUGUGUAAAAAACAGGAGCAAAGCAAGGAAAGAAAAGCUGCAUAGUAUGCCUUUAAUAAGCAGUAAUGCAUGUGCAUUUUUCCAAGGAGAGAGGCUGUAUGUAUGCCCGGACAUGUGUGAGGCAUAGUAUUAGUACCACGUAUUGAGGAAUAUGAUAUCUCUUGAACUGGUUCCAACAAAAAUCUGAAUCACAUAGCAAGUGUUUACAGCACUACAUGCAAUUCAUUAUUGACUUUGAUAAAAACAGUUUUUACAAUACGAUUAUUUUGUGAGGGUACCAGAAUGACCACACAUCACUCAAUAAACCAUAUUCUAUGUUAUUAAGGUCCAGUUUUGCAUACAUUCAAAUGUAGUCCGGGACUUUGUCCAUGAAACUGGCCCUUUAGGUCACACAAACUAUGUGCUUUGGUUUGAUGCGUGUGCAAUAGUAAAACAGCACAUUGAGGGUUUAUGUGCGCAGAAGGGACUUCCACGAUGUAGGUGCUAUUCGAUUGUCUCCUGUCAUUCACCCCUGUCGUAUUGAGUGUGGUCUACACACCUUCCUCUGUGAAAGGUUUCUGUAUGAGAAAGCAGUUCCUUUCCCUGACUUCCUCAGGACAAAGAAAUUGCUAGAUCUUGCACAAAACUUUCACCAUUUCUGCAGCUGUUAAUUCCACACAUUGCUACGAUAAAAUGGUUGACUACUCAUUCAAAGUGUUUGGAUAGCACCAGAAAUUUUACUGGCUGGGUCAAAUUGAGUAAAGAAAUUGAUCCACCUGAGAUAUUUAUGCUAAAAAUGUGCUUUUCUAUCUGAUUUAAUCCCAAUAUGUUUGUAUUUGAUUAUAUCCUGGAGUGAGGAAUGGCAGUUGCUUCAGUAGUUAGUCUGUAGUUCUGGGAAGUGGUUAAGGGACAAUUUAGAUGACCUUAAGGAAGCUGUUCAAGUUCCAAGAUAGGGUACUGGGGUGGUGCUAUAACUUAACCUGCACUCAUCAGUUAGUCCAGCUAUUCAAACACAAAUGUACAAUUCAGUACAAACUGUAUGAGUAGUGUGCUUCAGGGAUGUCUGCUAAGCAGAUAAAGUUAAUGUUAUGAGUGAUACUCUUCAACAGCAUCCAUUAAUGUAACCGAACACAGUAAUGAUUCCUGUCCACAGAAUGAUCACUGAAGGAAUGGAAAGAGAGGCAAAGUUUAUCUUCAUGUUUCAUAUCUUAAAAUAUUUGGCAGUACUUACAUUUGACUUCACUAUCAGAAUAAGCAGAGCACUGAUAAUCACCUCUCUCCAGCCUGGAGGCAUUUUGAAUGUACCGGACAAGUCUGCUGCUAAAUUUUCCACUUAAUGAAGAAUUCACUUUCCUCAAUCACAUUUCCCCUUAUUCUGGAAAAAAAGAAGAAGUAAAUCUUAAGUAUGUAUUAGUCUUCUAUUUAUAUAUUUGGACUUGAAAUCUUGUUUCUAUUACUAUAAAUAAAGAUUGCCUGGGUGGUGACUAAUUUAAAACAAGUUAAUAUUUCUACUUCAGAUAAAAAAAGAUUUUAAGUCUCAUUACAAGACUAAAACACUUGUUAAAACAAGCUUUUUUCCAGCGUACUACAACAAGGGAGGAAUAAUAGUCUGAGAAAACAUUGCCCUGAGAAUUAAAUUGAUGGUCUGUCAUUUCAAAUGUAGAACAAUACGGCAUCUUAACAACUUAAAAUGCAGAGGACUACUUAUGUAUGAUGUGCCAUUGUUAGGAAUGCUUCUGUUACAGUUUGCAACUCUUGUUAUCAGUACAUUUCCCAAGCUCCAAAUCUUCUUUUCUAAUAUUCAUUUUAAUGUCUAAUGCUUUUUUUAUUUUUUAUUUCUCAUUUUUUAUUUAUGGUGUUAACAUUUUAUAAUCAAAUAACACUUAAAAAUGAAAAAAGAAAAUGUAAUAGCGUCAAUAUAAAAAAAACUUUAUUGAAGUAUAAUUAAAAUUAUAUUCAU